UCAUGUCCGCCCGAAUAUUUCGCCUUGUUGUAGACGCUGAGCGCCCGGGUUUAUGUUUAUUUUCUUAAUCCUCAUUGCUCCCAUCUCAGACAUUGGUUACAAAUUUGUAACACAGGAAUGGGGACGUAGAGCUAGAAUUUCCCACGUAUUAAGAAGGCAUUGCCAUUUAAACGCAAUAAUAUCGAACCCCUAUUCCAUUGGUCUUGUUUUUAUCGAUCUUUCAGAUUUGACAUGCUAUGCUAGGCGUAUAUUUUUUCAAGGGCUGACACAGCAGGUGUAUUGGAAAUCCUGCUAACUACUGACGCGCAUCGACGACUUAGCAGGAGAUGCGCCUUGGAUUCUAUAGCGGCUUUAUGAUCUAUUGCGUUGCGCUUUGGAGUUCCGAUCUCAUGCAGCCUGCCUCUGUGUCUGAGGUAAGAUGAAUACAGAGGAAGUACGAGCAACGAGAGCGAAGGCGAGAGAAAAGAAGAAGAAAGUAGUGAGCCAAUGACUGAAUAUAACAACGUGUGAAGGAGGUAUAGAUGAAUAGAAGGUAGUGCAGAGAUACUAGAGAUAGUUCUGCCUCAAUAACAAGCUGAUCAAUAAGAGCUUCAAAACUAUGGGUAUUUUUUCCACCUGUUGUGGUGGUAGUACGGCGCAGAAUGUCGUCGCACCUAUCAAGCCACCCAUGACAACGUCCGCAGGCGAUGAUACGCCUAUGAAUACGACGCUGCUCGCCACCAACGAUGGAGAAACCAUAGGGAAAAAUGACGCUUCAUUGCUCAAUAAGCUUGGCGGAGAUGAACUAGCGGACGAUAGGCACGUAUCAACAUCGUCACAACAGGAGAUUAGCAGCUGUGAUAACGUAGGGGGUGGCAACACGACAGGAGGUGUAAAAUUGGCUCGUGCAGAUGAGCCUGCUGCAAUAGUUCCAUCAGUUGGCAUGCCAUCAUCAGACGACGCAGCGCGAGAUGGUGAUGCAGCAGAAGCGGCUGCUGCGCCUCCAGGUACUUCUGUCGUAACUACUACUGGCUAAAAAGAUAUAGACUAUUAGUGAAGCACCGCGUACACGACGCUGACAUGAUCUAUGUUAUAUUCCUGAAACCAUAUGCAUAUACAUAGGAAUAUCCAAUCAAACUCCUGAAAAUGAGAUUCACAUUCAUGAUAUUCAGGAGCAACAAAUGCCGACCCGGGAAGAGGUGCCACGAGAUCUCAAGUAGGGAAUAAAACAGUUUCUUUUGCAGAAAGGAGGCAAAGCGUUGAGGCCCUGGAAGGUACUUUCACAUGCCUUUGCAAACUCUGGCUUCUUCCAGAUUUGGUGAUGGUUUUGUCUUACAUCUCCUCAUCAAUCUCAUCUUUAUUUUAUUCUAACACGCACGGCUAGGCUUUGGCCUUCACGCUCAGCAGGAUCAAAACUCUGAGUGUACUACUAUUGCGACAAUUUAUUUGCAUAAACGGCCGACCAUGUUGCAAAUGCAACUCGUUUAUACACGACCAUCACCAAUACCUGUACGCCAAACAGGAAACGUGAUGAUAGCAAGUAUGGUACUGUCAAACGAGUGGAACCAAGAAAAUCCAGAACUAGAGGUGCCAGCGUGGUUAAAGUACAGUCUCCAGUCAGCUGCGGAACAGGAAAGCUCCGGCUUCGGUUCCGACUCAUCAGACGAGGAAGAUGUGUCCAAAAAUACACGCGAAAAUGCAAAGAACCCAUAAAAGAUAAGGGUGUACGACACUGUAAAAUCAAGAUGCACUGAUUCACGGUGAAAAAAGUAAAUGUGGAUUGUCAUUGUGGACCGAUUAUUUGAUACUAAAUUUGGGCUCGUUCUUCAGAAGGGGUAGCUGCCUGUAGAAGGGAAAGUGAUAUAACAGGAAACAUGACCCUAAUAAAUUAUUAUAUCUGUAAUAGUCUCACGCAAACGCAUCGUGGGACGACAUGUGCAUAUGGUGUCAUACUCUUGAGCUGCCUACAACUAAAGCGACUAUUAGAACUUCUUAGUAAAUCGGAUCUUCUCGUCACUGGACGCAGCUUACAAUAUUGUCUCUCAUACAUGCGUAGGAGUAGUUGAAGUAUCACUACACAGACGGCACCUCAACCCUUUUAUAAUUUUUGUUUUUCAAUAUUUGGAGGCAGCAUCAACAAAGUCACAAAAUGUAAAUGAGCAAGCUCCUCCAUAAGACUGUAUGAAUGUAGUUGCAUUAGGUAGAUAAAAGUUGAAGUGAUAACUUGAACAGUAUUUCCGUGCACGCAAAAAACCAGUAUGUAAAGCCGUAGUUUUAUCUCAAAUGCUAUGUAUUGUACAGUAGUCUCCUAAAUUAAUAGCUAAAAUACUCUUAAUGAUAGAUGAACACAAUAGAAAGAAAAAGAUGAACGUGCAGCCAUUUUAAGAUUGGUAUGACAUUUCUUGCUCUAGUACAACUUGUUACAGAUUAUACUCGAAAUAAUGUCUCACGUCUGGUCUGAAGUAAUUUUGACAUGGAACCACGACUACCUCUACAACAACCACACUCGUAAAACUCACAAGAACAGUAGACUCACAAGACCAGCAGUACUAGGCGUGGUCAUUGGUGAGCGGAAACGGACUACAGAAGGAAUCGCCCUGAUGAGCUGCAGGAGCGAAGCACCAU